UUUGUAACGGCAGCUGCUUUUGUCCUCCGGUUUCCUCCAGGUGCGGUGCGAGCCUCUAGCAUCUUCCCCAUCCUCAGCGUUAUCCUACUGUUCAUGGGAGGCCUGUGUAUAGCUGCCAGUGAGUUCUACAAGUCACGCCACAACAUCAUCCUCAGUGCAGGGAUCUUCUUUGUGUCUGCAGGUCUGAGCAACAUUAUCGGGAUCAUCGUGUACAUAUCAGCCAAUGCGGGGGAUCCUUCAAAAAGCGACUCAAAGAAGAACAGCUAUUCAUACGGCUGGUCCUUCUACUUUAGUGCCCUUUCCUUUAUAAUAGCCGAGAUGGUUGGCGUCUUGGCCGUGCACAUGUUCAUCGACCGCCAUCGACAGCUGCGAAUAGGGGCGCGCGCCGCCGACUACCUCCAAGGCUCGGCCAUAACACGGAUCCCCAGCUACCGCUACCGCUACCGGCGCCGCUCGCGCUCCUCUUCCCGCUCCACAGAUCCGUCGCAUUCCCGCGACGCCUCGCCCGUGGGCCUCAAGGGCUUCAGCGCGUUGCCAUCCACGGAGAUCUCCAUGUACACGCUCCCCCGGGACACCCUCAAGUCGUCUGGCACGCCCACGGCCACCUACAACUCCGAGAGGGACCACAACUUCCUCCAGGUCCACAACUGCAUCCAGAAGGACCUGAAAGACUCGAGCCACACCAACACAGCGAACCGCCGCACCACGCCGGUAUGAGAGUCCGAACAGGCCCGGCGACCCUGGAGACACGGGAAAGCCCUGUGGGCGCGGUACGCCCCCCCGGAGAAGUUGGAUUUCCAUGUUUAUAGACAUUUUGUUUUGGUUUUUGUUUAUUUUUGUUGAGAUGCAUGACUUCCAUAGCCAUUGUUGAGAGAGUUUCAACUGGAUUGGUUCCGAGUAAGUGAAGAUCUGUCAUACUUUUGGACAGGUUUGUUUUAUUUUUUUUUUUUUUGACGAUUCGGGGAACCAAAAAUCGGGUGGGAAGGGCGGGGCAUUUACCAGAUAAUCAGUUCCAUGAUUUCAUUGCCCUUGAGUUCGUUUGGAGUAAAAGGUCGAGCUCCCCUCAGCCAGCGUACCGCUAAGCUACAUGCGCCCUUUUUUAUUAUUUACUGACUCAUCUGUUAAUUUUUUUGCAUUAAAACUGUGAAUUGUUACAGCUUGGGAUUCAGUAAGAAGUACCCCAAUCUGUAAUCUCUAACAAAGGUACUACAUAUAUAUAUAUAUAUAUAUAU